GGCGUUGUCGAACUUGACGGUCAACCGGAAGACUUAAAGACAUACUGCUACACCGUUAAGGAGAUGCCUAAGGCACCCCGGUGUGAAGAGCAAGAGAGGCGGGUAUUCCCUGAUUAUACGGUCAUGCAAAUCAAUGCCGUCAGACGAUUGGCAACAGUGCACGUCGAGUCCGAUAGCGAGAUCAUCAACCAAGUGAUCGGCUUUUGCUGCAGUGCUUUUGUCUCUUUCACGGCCAAAGCAUGGGUGCCAAACUGUAUGUCGCAGCUACUCUCGAUCGAUCCCCGUCUGACGAUAUCGAUGAGCGCAGACAAGAUUGACGUCGGUGAAGCUGUGUAUACGCUCACUUGUGGCGGUGGUAUGCGCCCCAUACCCGGUGUGGGAGCAAGCUGCGCAGCAAUCUUUGAGAAUGCCGUCGAGAUGAGAAGCGACAUCGAAGAUAAGCCCGGACCGCGUCGAGCGAUCUGGACGAUGACCCAAAGACCCGGAUGCUCUUUCACGCCAGUUCCACCACCCCAAGUUGAAGGUGGCAGCGGGACAGCUUGACCCUGAGGAGCUCUGGAACGCUGCCAUCUCGGUCGAAGCGGCACGUGAAAUUGAGCAACUUGUCAAGGCGAUCAAUUGCAGUUUACAGUCAAUUUGCAAAUCUGAAUGAAGC